AUGAUCAACACAGACAAAAAAUCGCUGUUCAGGAAAGCUACAUUUGCGGCAUUGCCGCUGGUAUUAGUGCCAGGUUUAGCCCUGUCAGCCACUACCUAUGAUCGGGCCCGCGUGGUCAGUGCCCAACCCGUUUAUGAAACCGUGUCUUACGAAGUGCCGGUGCAGGAGUGUCGUAUGGAGCAGGUGGCUUACCGUCAUGCGCCGGAACAUCGUGCGUCUGCUACCGGUCCCAUCCUGGGCGCCAUUCUCGGUGGUGCGCUGGGUAACGCAGUGGGCCAUAAGAAGCGCAACAAGCAGGUGGGUACAGUAGUAGGUGCAGUGCUGGGUGGCUCUAUUGGCGCGGACAUCGCUCGUCAGAAUCGCCAUUAUCGUGGUGCGCCUGUGCAGUAUCGAAACGAAGAAGUCUGCGAAACCGUCAGCGAAUACCGCUCUGAACAACAGCUUAGCGGGUAUGACGUACGCUACCGGUCAGCAGUCAUGGACAAUACAAGCAACAAUCGCUCGAAGAGGCGCCGGCAGGUGCUCAAGGGUGUGCUGUUACUGUCUGCGCUGCUGGCUCUGCCUGUGCAUGCGGCAGAACCACGUGAUGGCCUGAGCAGCGUUGAGCAACCCCGUAACGGUUUGAGCAACGGCCAAUCGUUUGCGCCGGCGCCAGGUAUCUCAAUUGAUAAAGCCACUUCGCUGGCGCGCCAGAAAGUCGGCGGACGUGUGUUGUCAGCGACUCCGAAGCAGCGCGGUGGCAACACGAUUUAUCGGGUCCGUAUGCUGGUAGACGGAGAACGCGUGAUCACGGUAACAGUUGAUCAGCAGGGCCGAGUGAAAGGCGAUAUGCGAAUACUGAUUGUUGAAGACGAAGCCAGCUUGCGUGAGCAGCUGGGCAGCCAUCUCAAAGGCGAAGGCUACGCGGUAGACCUCGCCGCUGACGGUGAAGAAGGCCUGUAUUAUGGUCGUGAAUAUGAGUACGACGCGGCAGUCAUCGACCUGGGUUUACCUAAAAUUGAUGGCCUGUCACUGAUUAAAACUUUCCGCAGCGAAGACCGUAGUUUCCCCGUCCUGGUGCUGACCGCGCGUGGUCACUGGCAGGACAAGGUUCAGGGUCUGGAAGCCGGUGCGGAUGACUAUCUGGCCAAGCCGUUUCAGAUGGAAGAGCUCGUGGCGCGGUUGAACGCUCUGAUCCGAAGAACCGCAGGCUACGCUUCGCCCGUGUUAAGCCAGGGUGACCUGCAGUUAGACACGGCUAAAAAAGAAGUGCGGGUCUCUGAGCAGGAGCAGUUACGCCUGGUCAUCUAUUCCCUGAUGGGUUCAGUCGACGAGGUAGAGGGCCGUUUAACCUUCAGCGAAGGGGUUACUGAACCACGGCUCACUCAGCCUGAAAGCGGUCUGUAUGCGAAAGUCAGCAACGAGCUUGGCGAAGUUAUCUGGCGUUCGCCUUCCGCAGUAACCUCUGGGGUAUCGUUUCCCAACAUUGAUGCGGAGCCCGGCGCUUUUGUGUUUACACCCGACAAUGGCGUAACACCACGUUACCACCUCAGCUAUACGGUGAUCUGGGAAAAUGCAGAUACUGAAGAGGUGAUUUUCAGUGCCGCUACGGAUCAGCGCCCCUUUCGUAUUGCCAUCAAUCAAUUCCGACGAAGUUUGGGCAUUGGCCUGGGGGCGGCUACGGCCUUGUUCAUUUUUGCACAGCUGCUGGCGUUACGUUGGGGUCUGUUACCGUUGCGUACCAUGGCGGAGGAAGUUCAACAGCUGGAAGCCGGACAUCGGCAGGCGCUCAGCGCCAACUAUCCUAAAGAACUGGCGGGGCUGGCGCAGAACCUCGAUCGCUUUGUAGAUCAUGAGCAACGUUCUCGCAGCCGCUAUCGGAAUGCGUUAGACGAUCUGGCCCACAGUCUGAAAACGCCGUUGGCUGUGGUGCGCAACAGCUUGCUCGAUACCCAGGUGAAUAAACCGCUGCUGACGGAGCAGCUUGAUCGGAUGGAAACGACGGUCAUGCAUCAGCUUACCAAAGCCUCAGCAAGCGGGCCUGUGGUCGUGGGGCAGAGUGUGGCAAUCGGCGAGAUGGUGGAACGCCUGUUACGCGCCCUGCAAACCGCUUAUCUGGACCGGGGUAUUGCCGUGCAGGUCACCGCUGAUCCUGACGUCAUUGCACGUGGAGAUGAGCGUGAUUUUAUGGAGAUGGUUGGUAAUCUGCUGGAGAACGCAUUCAAAUAUACCCACAGUCAGAUUGCCAUUACUGUUUCAUUGGUGGCGGAUGCAGAACACGGUAAGCGGUGUCAGAUUGUUAUAGAAGACGAUGGCGAAGGCAUUCCAGCGGCCAUGCGCUCAGAAGUCCUGCGCCGUGGCCGUCGCCUGGAUGAAAUUCAGUCGGGUCAGGGUAUCGGCCUGGCGAUGGUGGCGGAACUGGUUGAGUUGUACGCCGGCGAACUGGAAAUAGACAAGAGCGCCUCCGGUGGUGCCAGUGUCAGGCUUUAUUUACCUGUCUGA